CAUAAACUAUGACCGUUUUAAAUUAUAAUAAUAAAAGAUAGCAAUUGAAGACAAUAUCGAUAGCAUCGACGCCAAACUCAAAAUAGUCUUUGCCUGGCGCUGUGUAUUUAUAUUGAUGGGAUAAUGGAGCAGUACAAAUUAAUAAACGCCGAAUUGAUGGAUCAGGUGCAAAAGCAGCGAAUAACUAUUGGAGAAAUGCGUAAGGCUGAGGUAUUGCUGAAAAGGCAGUUGCUGGAAGAACGUGAAAUGCGUUUGGCAGACGCACAGUAUAACGAAAACAAACUGAAGUGCGCACUCAGGACGUUCAUGAACUCCCUGGAUGUGAAUUUGGACGGAAACGGUGAUUACCCUACAACGCGAACUUCAGCGGCAUCAGAUAAUGUUAGGCACAGCCACUACAGUAGUAGCCAAGCUUGCUCCGUGUUGCGCCGUUCCAGCGCCCUACUUCAAAGAAGUCUGGCCGUAUCCCCUACAAGACGGAGUCGGAGUCUAAGUUCUUGUAGUGUCACUAGCCAUGAGGAAAUGAAAGAGUCUAGUCCUAAAGAAAGAUUGGUAAUCGUCAGGAAAACACCAGAGCCACGGCACUUGGUAGAGCUGCAGGGAAACAUGGACUCGCCCGAUUGCCAAGAAGCAGGUCCAUCACCAGACCAGUUGCUGGUGUCUCCAACGCCAGUCGCUGAUAUGUAUUCUAUUAUUGAGGAGAGCGAUAGUGAGGAUAACACUUUGUCCUCGUCCCUUAAAUUGCAUGAGCCACAGAAACUAAGGGCCUCGAGUAGCAGCAUGGAGUUGUCCCCGUUGCCUCUGCGUGAUCUGACCAACAAAACAGAUAGUGUGAUUCCCAAUCUAAAGAUCACAAAAUCACAUUGUGUAGCGGCAUCCACUCAAGAUGAAACUGAGAACACUAUGAAAGAUCCAAGCAUAGAGCAUGGAAAAUGUGAUUUCCAGCAAAGUUAUCUUGCAGCUAGCCAAAGGAUUACAGCAGCGCACUGUAGAUCAUCGCGUGUCCACAAAAUUGACACUAAGAGCGACAGUCUGGAGCCAAGCAUAGAACAUGUAAGGCUGGCUGCUCAAACGAGUUCAUCGAUGCAUGUGAUUAUUCAGUGCCCCUCUCCAAAUGCGGGGCCAGCACUAACGCCACGCCGUAGUCAAUUAAACUUUAGCAAUUUCAACGGAAUAGCUAAUCGACCAGGCGAUAGCAGCACACCGAGGCGAGAACAAGAAACUUUAACUACUAAUUGGAAAUCUGCCUCUAAAACGGAAAAACCAAAACGAACAAACAGCGCAAAUAGCUUGGCGGAUCAAUCUAGGACUGACUGCUCGAUGUCUAGUCGUCCCAGUCGUAGCUGUAGGCCCAAGUCGCUUAAGGAACCCAAAUUAAACUCCAAAAUGCGAAAUGAGACACUAACCAAAUAAUAGUUUGCUUGAUAUUGAUAUUCAAAAAAGUGAGUUCAGUUGUGAGCAUUCUACGCCCUUAGAGAACCAUCGCCAGGAAGAUACUCUAAAGGGUUUUAUAGCAGCUUACAAAUAUAAAAUAUGUUAAUUAUAAAAUACAUUGGCAAAAGCAAUUAU